UCUAUAUAAGCGUUGGCUCACACUCUUGGUCAUUCACUACAAUUUCAAGGCUUUUAAAGUGCCUUUCUCUCUCCCUUCCAUUCACCUAAAAAGCUAUCUCUCUCAGUCACACAAAACCUUUGAACUCCACAAGAUGUCUUUCGAACUCUACUCUUUGUUUCUGCCACUAUCUACGUGCUCAACAAUACUGAGUCUUGAUGUCCUUCUUGGACUCCUUUUUUUUGUGGGCGUGUUGGGCUACUGGCUUGCUCCCGGUGGUCUUGCAUGGGCCUUAUCUAAGUUUAGAGUGGGAACAGCUCUAAACAACAAAGCUUCCAUUCCAGGACCUUCCGGUUACCCGGUGGUGGGCCUGGUUCCGGCUUUCACAGGGCCUCUUACCCACAGAGUCCUUGCUAAGUUAGCUCAGGCUUUUGAUGCCAAGCAUUUGAUGGCUUUUUCCGUGGGCUUCACUCGUUUCAUAAUCUCUUCUCACCCGGACACUGCCAAAGAGAUUUUGAAUAGUCCCUCUUUUGCUGAUCGUCCUGUUAAGGAAUCAGCCUACGAGCUUCUCUUCCAUCGUGCAAUGGGGUUCGCGCCAUACGGGGAGUACUGGAGGAACCUCAGAAGGAUUUCCGCGACUCACAUGUUCUCUCCGAGGAGGAUUGCUGCAUCCGGAGUGUUCCGAGCAAGGGUAGGGGCCCAAAUGGUGAGGGACAUCACGGGCCUCAUGGGGAAACAUGGUGAGGUGGAGGUGAGGAAGGUGUUGCAUUUUGGGUCCCUUAACAACGUGAUGAUGAGCGUGUUUGGGAGGAGUUACGUGUUUGGUGAGGGGGGUGAUGGGUGUGAGCUUGAGGAGUUGGUGAGUGAGGGGUAUGAUUUGCUUGGAGUGUUUAACUGGAGUGACCACUUCCCUUUGUUGGGUAGGUUGGACUUGCAAGGAGUGAGGAAAAGGUGCAGGAAUCUAGUGGAUAGAGUGAAUGUAUUUGUGGGGAAAAUCAUAUUGGAACAUAGACUCAAGAGGGCUGCUAAAGGUGAGAAUAAAGUUAGGGAUGUUGAAAGCUUUGGUGACUUCGUUGAUGUGCUGCUAGAGAUGGAGAAGGAAAGUAAGCUUCAACACUCUGAUAUGGUUGCUAUCUUGUGGGAAAUGAUAUUUAGGGGGACUGACACAGUGGCAAUCCUUCUAGAGUGGAUUCUUGCUAGGAUGGUUUUGCACCCUGAAAUCCAAGCCAAGGCUGGGGCUGAAAUAGACUCUAUUGUUGGGUGUGGGCGCAAUGUGAGCGACGAUGACCUUCCUAACCUUCCUUACGUGCGUGGCAUAGUGAAGGAAGCCCUGAGGAUGCACCCACCGGGCCCUCUCCUUUCGUGGGCUAGGCUUUCCAUCCAUGACACGCACAUUGGAAACCACUUCGUUCCUGCGGGCACCACUGCAAUGGUUAACAUGUGGGCUAUCACUCACGACCAGGAGGUUUGGUCGGAGCCGGAAGUGUUCAAGCCAGAGCGUUUUGUGGAUGUUCCAAUCAACAUUAUGGGGUCCGAUCUAAGGUUGGCACCUUUUGGAUCUGGGAGAAGGGUGUGCCCUGGAAAAGCGAUGGGCUUGGCCACUGUUGAGCUUUGGCUUGCUAUGCUCCUCCAUAACUUUGAAUGGAUGCCACCAGAUUCUUCUGCUGUUGUUGACUUGUCUGAGUGCUUAAAACUCUCAAUGGAAAUGAAACGACCUCUCCUCACCAAACCUAUUCCCAGGCUUCUCCUCGCUGCUGCUACUACUGCUUCUGCUUCUGCUUCUUGUGUAAACAAUGUUGGCUAAGUUGAUCAAGAUUCAAGGCCUUAGUUAUAUAACCUACGGGUUGGAGUAACCCUACCCACUCCAAUCUAAUUACUCCCCUUUAUUAUUAUUGUUAUUAUUAUUUAUUUUCGGUUUGGCUUGGCUAAUAAAAUCCAAAU